UACAAAGUCAGUUAGUCAUCUCUAUUUUCUUAAUUCAACUCCUUUCCUUCACCCUUUCUCCUCCGCCUUUUUGUCUUUUUUUCGCCUUUUUCCUUCUGUUUUCUAAAGUUUUCCCUGCUCUCUGCUUGCUCACUUACUAUUUUUCGCCGCCGUUUUGCUUUUACUGCAUCUUAUAAAUAAUGAUACCAUGGUUUCACGCACACUGGCUCGUUCUUUUAUUCAUAGUCAUGUCCCCAUGUGUCUGUGGGAAUCUGUUCAUCCAACUAUCGAGACCUUCCAUUACUCAAGACGUUGUAUGGAUCUACUCCAAUUCGUCGUCCAUCCAGCAUACCAGUGCCGAUAUCGCUAGCAUCAGCUACGAUGAGGAUAUUCAGCCCGUCAUGAACCUCACUCAACCUAGCAAGAGUGGUCUCAGGGGCAUUUUGUACAACCGAGGAUUGGCUUGUUCGUCUCCGAAUCAAACCUCAUCCUCCCUCUUUUACGAUAAUAAUGAUAUACCCAGAAUUGCCCUCAUCCAAAGCGGCGGGCCAUGUUCCUUUGCCGAUAAACUUAAUUGGGCCCAGUUGGAUGGAGCUAUCGGCGCCAUUGUCUAUGCAGAAAAUAAUAAUUCCAUUAAUCCAGAAAAUACCGUGCCUAUUGCAUUAAUAAUCGUUUGGGGUUUCAACUACUUCAUCGCCUCGAACUUGUGGCCAAAGUACCCGAAGACAUUUCUAAUCGAAAUCACAGCAAACAAGCUGUGAGAAUUCUGAUGAUGCCCGCCGAUUCAGGGACUGCCAAUCCAUGGGAACUUACAUUGAUUAUUAUGAUUGUCCUUUUAGCAGUGAGU